UACUUAUUUUCUAAUGGAGAUCGCAAUUUAAAAAUGAGUAUUCUUAAUGAUAUUCAAUCGGAUUAAAAGUGAGGGCUGAUUUCCGUUCGAUUUGAAAUUACAACACAAUUCGUGAUUAUUUUUUUUUGAAAGACACGAAAAGAACAAACUUCAAUCCGAUGACCACAUAUGUAUUAUUUUAACUAUUUUAAGUGUCUAUCAAAAUCCAAUAUCCGGGCCUUUUAGUCGUAACACUAUACAAUACGAAAAUACGUUUCAAGUUGUAUAUUUAUCUGAGAUUUUAUCGAGACAAUUUAUUAACUAAGUCUAUUGUUGACAACCUUACAUUCCUCAUUCGUCAGCGUGAACAAUCUAUAUAAGUAAAAAGGACUAUGAUUAGUAGAUUGUAUACUAUUACAGCUACUAAUAAGAGCUUUGUUGAACAAGAAACAAUAUAUCUAUAGUUAAUGUGCAAUCGCAUCUUUAUACUUGCAUAGAUUUUUACUAACUGAAGCAUAUACGGAAGGUAAAAACUUCAGCUAUUUAUUAAGUAAAUAGUACAAAUUCGGUCGUUAAAGUUUCUUUGACACCUGUAAUAAAUAAGAAAAUGAAAUAUUUCUACACUUAUAAAGUACUUUUAUGUGUGUUUGUUUAAAGGGACUCAGAAAAAGAGAGAUGUAUAUUUCGUUAUCGUGGAUUUUCAAUGAUGGAUUAAUGCUUUAUAAAUAUACCAUUCAAUAAGACUCAUACGCAUCGGAAUUAAUAAGAUAAAAACUAUUGAGAGUGCAUAGCUUUCGACGGGAAUAAAUAGACAACACUAAGUAUUUUGUUCAUGUAGAUUAGAUAUAUGGAGUAAAAUAUUUAUUUGUUUAGGAGUGGUGUGAAAAUUAAGUUGUAUACUACUGGGAAUAAAUCUUCCAUUCAUAAAACGCAUGUUAAAAAAAUCGAUGACUUUUGUGAAUGGGAGAAGACGACAAUUAACACACGAACUGAUAAAUUAUUAACUUGACCUGUUUGUAUUUGUUAUGGUCCAUUGCAACUCGAAAUUGUUGUCCAUGAAAGGAGUAUUAUUUCCUCAAUUCACAAGGGAAAACCACCUCCGUAAAAUGUGAAUAAUUGAAAAUAAACAAUCAAGUGUAGGAUUACAUUCUACUUAUUAUUAGAAAAAAGUGUUUAUUCAGCUAUUAUAAACAAAAUGAGGAUCUUUGUGAAAUAUGCACUAUUAGGAAUUUUGUUAAAUUUCAAUGGAGUAUUGCUGGACAAUUUAUACACGAAGUCUAAAACAGUCGUUGAACUGAUAUCGGAAACUAAUAGAUUACGACAGGUAUCAACUAUGAUAGAAGAUACUGGAUUGUCCUUAUUCUUUGAGCAGAGCCAUAUUACUGCUUUCAUACCCACAACAGAAGCUCUAUUGACGUUUGAUGAGAAGAAGUACGGGUACGACCUGACAGACAGAGAAACAGUCAGAUCUCUUCUGCUAUACCACAUGGUUAAAGGGACGUAUCUAGACAGUGAAUUACCAGCAGCCAAAGAAGCGAGAUCACUUCAUCCUUCCGGUUAUAAACUUUAUUUCAACCAGUUCACAGAAGGCAGUGAAAAGAUAUUUACUGUAAAUGGCGCAGUUUUGAUAACUUCUAAUAUCACAGCUAGUAAUGGUGUUCUGCACAUCAUUGACAGAGUUAUGGCCCCUAUCGCAAGUGCAAAAACAGUACAUGACUACAUUUUAUACCCUGAAAUACACAGUUAUUCUUUUUCAUCUAUAAAUAAUGCCUCCAUAGUCGACUUGGACUUACGACAGUGGACAACAGAUACAAACCGGAAGUUUACAGUAUUUUUACCAAAUGAUGGUCAUUUAGUCUCUAUGCCCAAAUACGGACAGGACAGAUUGUUCACGGACUGGUACCUUAUUCGAAAGAUAUACCAUGCACAUACAGUCCUAGAUACAUUUUCCUUCAUACCAUCAAAGGGUGAAAUUCCAAAACUGACCUCUAUGCAGGGUGAUAUUACCUUCCACAGGGAGAAUAAUAGAGUAUAUAUAAAGAGUAACAGAGUAAAAGCUUUGGUCAUCCAAGCUAAUGUACCCACUGUUAAUGGUAUAAUCCAUGUUAUAGACAAUCUACUCUACUUUAUAUACAUGAAUAUUGUGCAGACAAUACAGAAACUACCUAAUACUCAGACAUUCAAAUUAUAUUUAGAAAGACACUCGCAAGUGAGGUCGUAUCUUGGAAGUCUUAACGGAACAAAGACAGUGUUUGUACCAACUGAUACAGCCUUUGCUAAACUACCAUCUAAUAAGCAACAACAGUUUACCAAUGAUCUUACCUACUUGUCACAGAUUUUGAACAACCAUAUUCUGAGUUCAGAGGUAGAUGAAACAUCUUUGGUUGAUGGACAAACAUUCACAACACUGUCCAACAAGACAAUAACAGUUAUUAGAAAAGAUAAAACCUUUUAUUUGGAAACCGAAGAUAUGCAAAUUCAGGUGGAAGAAACAGAUAUUGGUUGUACGAAUGGUAUUAUCCACUUAAUUGAUAAUGUUAUACUCAGGAAAGAUUAUACGGUGUGGGAUGCAAUCACAGGCAAUGAUCAGUUGAUAAAAAUGAAAAGUUUUAUGCAGAAAUAUAACGAUUUACCAGCGUUAAUGAACAAUGCUGGGGUUCAUGUCACAGUAUUCUUACCAUUUGAUUACGUCAUGGAUGACAUUCCAGGAUCUACACUGAGUAGUUUUUCUACAAAUCCGGAUCUAUUAUAUGAUGCUUUGAGUGGACACAUUAUACUUGGUCAUACAUUAGCCACGUUUAACAUGAGUAGCAAAGAAACAUUUAAUACAUAUGGAGGACACCAACUGACUACAGUGUAUUCUAAAGAAGAGAUAUCAGUGACUGGGAGUUACAUAACAGCUGGAGUAAUUGUUAGAGAUAUACUAUGUUCUAAUGGAGUUAUUCACAUAAUUGACAAUUUGAUGCAUGUGGCAACAAGAAACAUCUUGGAUGAAAUGAAAAGACACAAAGAAAUAAGUGUUGUAUCAUCAUUCAUUGGACUUUACACAAUGCAAAUGCUUCAAAAUCUUCUUUCUGAUAAAGAUGAAGAUAUAACUAUUUUUGUACCUGUCAAUGAUGCCUUCAAUGACAUACCAAGGUCUCGUGCUGAUAAACUUCUGAUGGAUAGUCUUCUUUUAGAAAGGAUUCUCCAAGCUCAUGUUGUAACAUCAGGAAGUCAUUUAGUUGAACAAUUAUAUGCUAAACAAAAUCUUAUAUCCGUCGAAGACACAAUUUACAUAAGAAAGUCGAACAAUACAGUGGGUUUAGUUAGUAAUAAUGUCCAUUCAAGGAUAACCACAAGUAACGUAAUGGCUACUAACGGUGUUAUACACAUGGUGGACAGAUUACUUUAUUACCCAUAUUUUACGGUAGCAGAAACUAUGUCAAAAGAUGAAAGACUAAUACCGUUCUUUGAUAUGAUGUUUGAAAAUGAAGACUUUCAAGAUUUGUCUGACGCAUCUGAUGAAGAUAUGACAGUUUUUGUGCCAUCUCCUUCAUCACUAGCAAAUAUAACUACAAACCCGUCAAUUUUAACACAGCUGUACCUUGGUCAUGUCCUGCCAGGAUUAAAAAUUGACGAGAAGUAUCUAAAUAAACAAAAAUCUAAAAGUGCUGUUAACGUGACAGAAAACAACAUUACAUUUUCAAUGACGAAUCAAACAAUAGGUUAUUCUAUUGAUGUUGGUUACAGUAACCUUCGUUAUUAUUUCAAUAUAAUAUCAGACGGUAUUGCCUGUAGUAAUGGGAUAGUGUAUAUGAUAGAUGGGCUGCUGAACUUUAAUAACAAAACUUUGAUUCAGGAAAUACAAAGUGAUAGCAGUUACUUACAUGCCUUUAACUACAUGUUGCGGUUUUGGCCAUCUGAUAGUGGUGACAAACUUCGACAACCUGAUAGAAAUUUUACAAUAUUUCUGCCGGCAGCCUUUGUUGUUGACAGUCUUUCUAAAGCAGCAGUUGACUUUUUAGAUAGUAUUACAGAACAAGAGAAAGAGGAGUUCUACGCACGACAUGUAAUAGAAGAACAUGUGCUAAUAGUAAAAGAUAUAUCACAGGGAUGGACAAUGAAAAAUAAUGUUACUGCUGAAUAUAUUGACAAUGAAAUGUCUCUAAAUUGGAAUAAUACUCAUUCAAGAAUAUUACAUGCUAAUGUUUUAUCAUCCAAUGGACUUAUACAUAUAAUAGAUAAACUAUUCAUAGACUUACCUGAAACGCCAACAACAGUCUCGCCAAAAGGAACAACUAAGAAAUCUUCACAUACGAACUGUUCGGAAUCUGUUUUAAUUUUUCAUUCAUUUUAUGCAAUAAUUUUGACUAUAUUUGUGAUUUUAUUAACAUAG